GUUCACUGGAAUAGCUAUCAAAUACUACAUCCUGUUUCCUCUAGACUACAGUCAUGUCCGACGCACUCAAGUCUGCAGUCGCUCACCUUCAUACCCCGCAGCUUAAUGAGGUCCCUUUCUCUCGCCCACAGACUCCGCACCACGGUCUUCAAAUAGGCUUCUGUGGUCUGGGAGCAAUGGGCUACUUCAUGGCUAGGAACCUAGCUAGGCAUCCAACUGCUCAUAUUUCAUCACCUGUGUUAGUUUGGAAUCGCACAAAGGCCAAAUCAGAGCAGCUGGUUAAGGAACUCGGCGAAAGCAAGGUUCAAAUCGCUGCAGAUCCUGAGGAAGUUGCACGAGAAUGUGACAUCGUCUUCACAAACUUGGCAAGCGACGAGGUGGUCAAAGACGUAUUUCUGAAGUUUGAGAAGGCUCUCAAGUCUGUUAUGUCUUUCAAGCCCAAGAUCUUCGUUGAGACAAGUACGGUCUUUCCCGCAUUAGCAGGCGAGCUUGAUAACCUCAUCUCGUCAACGGGCCAUGCUCGCCUGGUAAUGGCGCCUGUAUUCGGCCCACCUCCUGCAGCAGACACCGCCCAACUCAUCAUCGUGAUGGCUGGGGACUAUCGUUCGAAAAAGGAGAUCGCACACAUUUUGGUCCCUGCCGUUGGUCGUAAGAUUAUCGACCUGGGUGGUAACCUGGAGAAAGCACCUACAUUCAAGCUCAUUGGCAAUUCUUUCAUCCUCGGCACUCUUGAGAUUCUGGCAGAGACUCUGACCCUCGGAGAGAAGUCCGGAAUACCUGCAAACCAGGUCUAUGGGCUAAUUAAAGACAUCAUGCCUGCGCCUCCCGUUAUUAACUAUGGCGAGAAGAUGGUGAACGACCUUUUCGACGGUUCAAACGGCUUUGCCAUCGACGGUGGUAUCAAAGAUUCCAUGCACAUUCGUCGUCUCACCACUGAUUUGGAUUCCCCAAUGCCCGCUCUUGAUUCGGCGCACCAACAUCUUUUGACUGCCCGUGCUCUCCAUGCUGCAAAGAAGGCGCGUGGUCACUCAGUGUUUGAGACCCUUGAUUGGAGUUCGCUUGUGGCUGGUGCUCGUGUUGCCGCUGGGUUAGACGGUUUCGAUAGUGGGAAGCACUCCAAAGUUGUCCCUGAAGACUAAGCGUUGUUCCUGGUGAAGAACGUUACUAGAGCCAGAAUCGUUUCAUUCCUCUUUUGUGCUUUUACCUGUUGUAUACUAGGCGUUUAGAGACAGAGGCUGGACCGGAAGAAAUUAAUGCAUGUGUAAGACUUUACCCGCAAAGCUGCAGUAGCACGUCCUGUUGCACAAGGUUUCCUCGACUGUAGUUUCCUUCGAUCAAUUCUUUAAGAUCAUGAAGAAUGGGUACCAAUUAUUUGUUAUUUAUUUUCCCUCUACUUUCCUUACGUAACUUAGAGUUGUAAGCUUCAAUGGUUCAGAGCGCCCAGAAACUAGUCUUGUCUUCUUC